GGUAAUAGUCUUUAUAUGUUGUACUGGACAAAGGUAUCAUCGACUACUGCUACAGUAUUCAACUUGAUAUCGUGUGCUCAACUCAUACAUUUGACUCGUAAUUCGAUAUUUUCAACAAACAGAAUGAUGGUGGUAAACGCUAAAUUAGGUCUGCUGUUGGUGUCAGUAGCCGCGUUCGGUUACCUACAGACUGCCUUGGCUUAUUCCGAAGGCGCACCUUUGGAAGUGUGUUCCGACUUGAUGCCCCAACACGGAGCUCCCGCUCAGACCAUAGAUUCUCCCUAUACGUUAACGCUUAACCGCAAGUCCUUGAAAGGCGGUGAAUCUAUAACGCUGACUCUCGCCUCCAAAGACUUUUCCAAAUUCAAAGGCUUCAUAAUCCAGGCUAGAGACAGUAACGAGAAGCCCAUCGGUUCGUUCUCGCCCCUGCCCGCGUCCAAGAACAACCCAGAGUUCAAGGGCAAAUGGAAGCUCAUUAGUUGCCCAGAUGGUCCGUCCAACAAUACCGCAACUCAUGCAAACGCAGUCGAAAAAUCAAGAGUAGUGCUCACAUGGACCGCACCGAAAACUCUUGACUUGCAAAGUUUCAAAUUUAAAUACACAGUCGCCAAGAACGGUGGAGAAUACUGGGUUGGAAAGGAAUCUGAAAAUGUUUCAGUAACUCAAUCCAGUUGGACUAAGAAAAACUAAUUUCAUWAAAAAACACACAAAAAAA